AUGGCUUUUACUAUGCACUCUCACUCGGGGCAAUUUUGCCCCGGCCACGCCAAAGAUCAACUAGAGGAUAUUAUCCUGGCCGCCAUUGCCAAGGGCUUCACCAUGAUGGGCUUGACCGAGCACAUGCCGCGCACCAGUCUGGACGAUCUGUACCCGGAGGAGCUCGACGACCCUGAAGGCAGCCUGGCGGUCUUGAUGCCACGGCACGAGGCCUACCUCGUCGAGGCCCGGAGGUUGCAGGAAAAGUACGCCUCGCAGAUCCACCUGGUCAUUGGGUUCGAGGGCGAAUGGAUCCGGUCAGAGUACGAGUCCCUGAUCGGGGAGCUACUGGCGGCACACCCGAGCGUCGACUACUUUAUGGGCUCGCUGCACCACGUCAAUGGGCACCCGCUCGACUUUGACGCCGCCUUCUACGCCCGGGCCAUUGCCUCGGCCGGCGGCGGCGAAGAGCAAAUGUAUGAGCGCUACUAUGACCAGCAGCACGAGAUGCUGGUCGCCAUGAAGCCCCGCGUCGUCGGCCACUUUGACCUACCGCGAUUGCUCAGCAAAGACCCAGCUCGCGAUGUGAGAAAGUGGAAGGGUGUAUGGGAGAGGAUCAUGCGCAAUCUCGAGCUCAUUGUGAGCUACGGAGGUUGGCUCGAGUGCAACACUAGUGCGCUGCGCAAGGGGCUGGCUGAGCCGUAUCCAGCUCGACCGAUUGCUGAGGAAUGGCUGAAGAUGGGUGGAAAAUUCACAUUCUCAGACGAUAGCCACGGCAUCGCUCAGUUGGGCACAAACUACAUGAAAGGCCUCGAGUAUUUGGAGAGUCUUGGUCUAAGCGAAGUUUGGAAAAUCGAGCGGACUCCACACCCUUGGGCAGAGGGUCACGAAAAGGCAACUCUCUCAGAGACGAGUGUCGCCAUUUCUGAUAUCAAGAAGGUUUGCCAAAAUUGGUAG